GCACAGUGACUCCUUCUUUAAUUGGCUUCUUAAAUUUUUUGCAUUGCGAGUACUUUUCUCUUUCUAUUAGUUUAUACUUUUAAAACUUAGAAGUUCAAAGUUGCAUGUUCCUCUUCCUGCUUUUGUUAGGUUUCUUACGGUGGCUGGUUGCUUCGUAGGUGGUGGACUUGAUUGUUUCUGUUGAUUUGGGGUUUUUCUUUUUUUUUGCGGGAGCGAGAAGUCGGAUUUGCUGCAUAUCAGGGUAUCCCAGUAGAUUGCAGAAUUUAUGGGGGGUAAAAGUUCAAAGGGGACGAGUUGGAGACAGACUUCCUCAUCUGGGUCUAGUUCUUGGAAUAAUCAUGACUAUCCGCAGUCGCCAUAUGUUCAACAGACCCCAACCUAUGCUUCUCAGCCGCAUUAUGCGCCACAGCAGCAGUACGCACCUCAGCAGCAGUUUGCACCACCACCUGCAACGUAUGGUUCCCGAGAUCCGGAUCCAAGAAAGAAGUUGGAAAGGAGGUAUUCAAGGAUAGCCGAUAACUACAAUUCCUUGGAACAGGUCACUGAGGCUCUUGCACAUGCUGGCCUUGAGUCUUCUAAUCUCAUUGUUGGUAUUGACUUCACUAAGAGCAACGAGUGGACAGGUGCUAGGUCAUUCAAUCGGCGAAGCUUACAUCACAUUGGAGAUACUCAAAAUCCCUAUGAGCAAGCAAUGUCUAUCAUUGGAAGAACAUUAACUGCUUUCGAUGAGGAUAAUUUGAUACCCUGUUUUGGAUUUGGAGAUGCAUCAACACAUGAUCAAAAUGUCUUUAGUUUCUAUCCUGAUGAGAGACCCUGUGAUGGAUUUGAGGAAGCAUUGGCUCGAUACAGAGAAAUAGUCCCCAAUCUACGAUUGGCAGGACCAACAUCAUUUGCUCCUAUUAUUGAAAUGGCUAUGACUAUCGUCGAGCAAAGUGGUGGCCAGUACCAUGUUUUAUUGAUAAUAGCUGAUGGGCAGGUAACAAGAAGCGUUGAUACGGAGCAUGGCCGGUUAAGUCCACAGGAGCAAAAGACUGUGGAAGCAAUUGUGAAAGCAAGUGAGUAUCCCUUGUCAAUUAUUUUAGUCGGAGUUGGAGAUGGACCUUGGGAUAUGAUGAGGGAAUUCGAUGACAAUAUCCCCGCUCGGGCCUUCGAUAAUUUCCAGUUUGUGAAUUUUACAGAUAUUAUGUUGAAGAAUGUGCCAGUUUCCAGGAAAGAGACGGAAUUUGCUCUUGCAGCCUUAAUGGAAAUACCUUCUCAGUAUAAGGCAACAAUAGAGCUCAAUAUUCUGGGUUGCAAAAGAGGGGAAGCUCCAAACAGGGUUCCUCUCCCCCCUCCUGUUUAUGGUGCAGCAGCUUCAUUUAGCAGCUCAAAGCCUUCUCGUUCAACUAGUUUCCAGCCAAGUGAAACAAAUUAUCAUGGAAAUGACAUGACUUUCGGUACUGCUCCACCUGAAAGUGAUGCUUUUGAUAGCCAGCUCUGCCCUAUCUGCCUUAGCAAUCCUAAAAACAUGGCUUUUGGUUGCGGGCAUCAGACCUGCUGUGAAUGUGGAGAAGACCUUCAGCAAUGCCCCAUCUGCCGGAGUUCGAUACAGACUAGAAUAAAGCUCUAUUGAGAGACAUUGCACCGUCUGUCCCUGAUUUUGUACAUCACUGCAAUUAGUAUCAGCGAUUUUUUGUAAAUUCUUUUUGAUUUAUGGUGAUGGCCUAAGCGAAGGUGUUAAUUAAA